AUAUACUCUUACCAAUUUUCAAUCCAGAGACUCAAAUCGCCUCAUAUUUUGAAUUUUCUUUCAACUCUACUACUCUUUCACUCUCUCUCUCUCUCUCUCUCUCAAUGACUCAAGUAGAUUCAGAAUCACUUGUUUCUACCAACUCCGCCGGCAAUAACGACCGGAAAAUCGUAUGUGAAACUCUCGCAAACAGCGAUAAGGAACUGCCACCAGAUUUCCCACCGGAGUCAUUUUGCCUUUCAAAAGAAGCGGAACUCGAUUGGUUUGAUCGUAACGCAUUUUUAGAACGCAAAGAAUCUGCGAAAGGUAACAGUAAUGCUACUCCGAAUUUGCAUCCGUCUUCAAAUUCGAGUUCUCAACGACCUCCAUUGACUUUGAAGACUAAGACGACCUUUUUUGGAUUGCCGAAGAGUAGUAGUACUGUUGAUUCGAAGAGAAAAACAUGUAAACCAGCCAAUAUACGGUUUUUUCCGACGAAACGAUCUGAAUCUGCAUUGAAAGCUGUUUCCGCUCCUGAACCGGUGUCGCCUAAGGUAUCAUGUAUGGGAAGAGUAAGAUCAAAGAAAGGUCGCCGGCGAUCAUGUGAACCAGCAGGCAAAAAAUGUGAAAUAUCACUCGAGAGAUCAAAAAGCAGCAGAACCAAACACAAAACCGGUUUUUAUUCACGUAUACUUUCAAUCUUCGGGUUCAACCGGAGUCACAUCAAACCAGUCAAAGCUAACAUGGAGAAAUUAGAGGAACAACCGGUUCAGCCUAGGAAAAGCAAUGUUAUGGUUGUCGAAAAGGCUCGUAAGUCAGUGAGUAUUGAACCGGUUGAACCUGUGUCCGGUUUAGGAGGAAUGAUGCGGUUCACGUCGGGUCGAAGAUCGGAAUCAUGGGCAGCUGAUGAGAUCGAUGCAGUUAUGUCAGAGUUGGGUCCCAAUAGAAGAAAUUGAAUACAGCGCGCGAUUUUUAUUUUAUUUUAUUUUAUGAUGGUUAAAAUUGGUUAGUCCUACGUGGCAGUAACAUUUACGGCAUUUUUUACUUUUUAUUUUUGGGGUUCUCAACCAACAUUUUCUAUAGUUGAGGUAAAAACCGUAUGUUUUUUUUUUUUUUUUUUGGAUUUCAAUUUUUGUUGGUUCGACUAGUUAUGCGAGAAAUAUAAUGUAAAUGUCUUUUUUAAUGAAUAAAGUAGAUAGUAUGAUGCAUAAUAUGUGAAAUAUUUGUAGAGGUUAAUUACUACAAGGACGUUUUUAGUUUCAAAUAUUUUUCUGUUAUAUAUUUGCUAAUAUAAGUAUUGUCAUUUCAUCAUUUAUCGUACAGAAGACAAAAACAUAAAAUUUUACG